AUGCUUACAGAUGUAUGGACACUUGGUCUUAGUAGUAAAUAAAACACAAACAUCUGUGUUAUUAACUUGCCUGUUCUGCCAUGGCUUAGCUUAUAUUAAUGUUGAAAGUGUUUAAGGGAACCAAACGACCACACAUUUCAUAAGAAGUCAGUAAUAUACGCCUAACGUCUCAUACGUUGUUCUUUUGUCUCUGUGGUUUAGCGCUGCUUCUGAGACCCACAAUGACAGAUAGUUAUUAAGCUACAGGAUGGAGGGAGGAGCAGUGGGGUGCAGGAGGUCUCUGGAUGUGUGUCGAGAAAUGAGUCCAUGGCUUUGGUGUUUGCUUGUCAAGAGCCAGACUGACGCAAACGAGCGGAGGCAGGGGGACUGGCACGGAGCAGAACAAGCCUCUCAGUAGACAAUUGGAACAGGAAGCAAGGAAGGAAAGGGUCUUUCACCCGGAGGAAGACUGGCAAACUCAUUGGGAUUGUGACAAGACAGCCACACAGUAGCUCCAGAGACCACCCAUUGUAAGAGCAUCAAACACACACACACACACUUAAAGACAGCAGGAGAGAAAUACUGAGAAAGACAGACGAACUGAAACCUCUGAAGUACUAUUUUCUAAUUGAUGCAAGAACUACAAUGACGUUAAGCGGAUUUUAUUGUAUUACUUUUCCUUCCUGUGGCUAAGGAGAGAAAAGGUCACAGACGAGAAGGACGCAGUAAGAAGCCCUCCGAAGGUCCACCGAAGAUCAGACGAUGAACAUCACUCUGUCGAACACUUCCACGAAGUGUGUUCGGGAUACCAGUGUGACAGCUGUGGUUUUCCCCUUUCUAUACAGCAUCCUCUUUAUAGUUGCCCUGAUACUGAAUUCCCUGGCUGCAUGGAUCUUCUUCACCAUCCCCAGCUCCUCAACAUUUGUCGUCUUUCUAAAAAAUGUGGUGGUGGCUGACUUGCUGAUGACCCUGACCAUCCCUCUGAGAGUCUUGAGUGAUGCCGGUGUGGGUUCCUGGAAACUACGUGCCUUCUACUGCCGAUACUCUGCGGUACUCUUCUACAUCACCAUGUACAUCAGCAUCCUCUUGCUGGGUCUCAUCAGCCUGGACCGCUACCUAAAGAUAGUCAGGCCCUUUGGGAAGUGUGCCCUGCAGCGGGUUCGUGUUGGUCAGGUGCUGAGUGCAGCUGUGUGGGUCGUAAUGCUAUCUUUAGCAUUACCCAACGUCAUUCUGAGUGACCAGACGCCACAAGUCUCUAACGGUAGGCUGAAGUGCACCUCCAUGAAGAGCGAUGCUGGCGUGCUCUGGCAUGUAGGAUUCAACUACUUCUGUCAGGUAGGAUUCAACUACUUCUGUCAGGUGGUUUUCUGGGGCACGCUGGCCUUGAUGGUGGUUUGCUACACGUUCAUCAGCAAGAAGGUUUAUGAGUCAUACAAAGCCUCAAAGAGCAGAUCUCAAGCAGCCACUCGCAGAACCAAGGCAAAGGUUUAUGUGGUGGUCGGGGUGUUUUUCAUCUGCUUUGCCCCGUUUCACUUUGCCCGUGUUCCCUACACUCUGACCCAAACCGGCGGCAUGACGAGUCAUUGCCAGGCACAGAACGCUCUCUACAUCGCAAAGGAAACCACCCUGUGGCUUUCGGCCACUAAUGUGUGUCUCGACCCGCUCAUCUAUGUGUUCCUGUGCAAGGUGUUCAGAAGAAGGCUGACCGCCGCACUCUGCCGAAAGACACUCCACAAAGGUGCCGUGGAUUCUCCCACAGCAACAUCCACUCAACUGGAGAUGUCACAGAUCGGCCAAAGUAACAGACUGUCAUAUAAUGAGGUGCCACAGUAACACGGUGGACAAAGCACAAUGGGAAAUCCAUAACCGAAAACUGUCACGAGACACUCUCAACUUGUAAAUAGCAUUUUAUCUUGAUGACACCGGUUGUAAAACAUCUCAAAUUAAUGCAAGGUCAUCAAAAACUUUUGAAUAGACAAUGCUAUGUAACAGAAAAGAGUCAAACAUGUGUAGUUGGGGUCACAAAGGUUACUGCAAUGAAAGUUGUUUUUGAUACAGUACUAACCAAACCCUUCUGCCCCAUGUUUGCUAAGUCAUCUAAUACGUUUCCUUAACUGUGUUUACUGUCAUUUUUGACUUCCUUCUCCUCUCUAAUCUCAUUGAAACUGUACUUUCCCUUCACAAAACUUUGGCGAAAGGCUAAACAUUUUGACAGCACAAAUUUCCCAACGAUUACACAACAAGCACAACGUGACCAGGGACCAAAUGAUGACUGCAAAAAAAAACACUGCUUACAGCUAUAACUUCUGUGCAAUAUGAAUAACAAUAGUAACAUAAUAAAAUUAAUAUUUUUCAUACUACAA